CUUAAAUAAAUUCCUUCUUAAAUCUUCUUCAUAUCUUCAUCCCAGAAACCAAUUAGCCCUACUACCUACCUCCAAAUCUCUUCUCUCCUCUUCCUCAAUUCUUAUCCACCAUGUCCCCGCCAGCUAUCAUUGCUCCCUCCAUCCUGAGUGCCGACUUCGGCACCCUGGGCAGCGAAUGCUCGACCAAGAUCGCCCAAGGAUCCGACUGGUUGCACGUCGACAUCAUGGACGGCCACUUCGUCCCCAACAUGACCUUUGGCGCCCCCGUCGUCACCAAGAUUCGCUCCCAUGUUGCUCGUCCCACCGAACCCCACGGCAAGGGUACCUUUGACUGCCACAUGAUGAUUCAGGAGCCCCACAAAUGGGUCAAGGACUUCAAAGACGCCGGCUGUGAUCUCUACUGCUUCCACUACGAAGCCGCCAUUUCCUCCACCGCCGCUACCAGUCCCGCCGACAACACCACAACCACCAAGACCAGCCCCAAGGACCUGAUCCGUUAUAUCCACGACGAGGGCAUGCAAGCCGGAAUUGCCAUCAAGCCCGAUACCCCCGUCGACGUGCUCUGGGAUAUUCUGGCGAAUGAGAACGAGAAAGAACGUCCGGAUAUGGUCCUUGUUAUGACCGUUCACCCCGGAUUCGGUGGUCAGAAGUUCAUGGCUUCCGAGCUGCCCAAGGUCAAAGCUCUGCGCGAGAAAUACCCUGACCUCAACAUCGAGGUGGAUGGUGGCUUGGGACUGGGCACGAUUGACCAGGCUGCUGAGGCUGGCGCCAACGUCAUCGUUGCGGGCUCGGCCGUCUUUGGCGCUCAGGAUCCCGCCGACGUCAUCGCUAAGCUCCGCGAGACUGUUAACAAGUAUCGCAAGGAGUAAACUGAAACGAAUAAUAAUUCAAUAAAUAAUCAAAUAUAGAAGAGGGGGGAAGGAAACCAUAAACAAAAGUUUUCCGGCUCAUGUGACACGAUUUUCGUUGCGAUCGCUCGCAUUUUUAAUUUGUUCUUUGCGUUUUCUAGCUUCUUCCUGGCGCCUUACAGAAUUCUCAUGGGCCCUUGUUCGGGUGUUUUCCCUGUCGACAUGUGAUGAGCGAAAAAGGGUCAAAGAGUACUUGAUCGGUUACGGGCGGAUGAUGCGCGUUCAGGCAUAUUUAGAAGGUUAUGGGUUGGGUAUACGGUUCGGAUAGAGUAG